AUGACUCAGGCCUGCGGAGGACAGUUGGUGGUCUGCGCCAUUCACAGACUGAAGUCCUUCAAAUACAUUGAGCUCUGGUACUUCAGCCCAGAUGAAUGCAAGGCAACAGCUGAUGAGGCCAAAACCAACGCGGAUGACGCCUUUGGCUUCACCAAGGUAGAAGACUUUGUAGCCCUCAAGCCAGUCGCCUCCUUCAAAGCCUCCCACAGGGCUAUCCAAGACCAUAGCCUCGAAUGGCGACAGUUUGACCUCACCAAAAACAGCUUUCUCCUGCACAUCAACAAACUUAAGUGGCCAGAAAAGCACCAAUGCGCACUCACCAUGUUUUUCAUGAACAUUGUCGCGCAUCCCUACCGCUCUGAACACUUUGGCGAACAAGCUCUACUCCUCUAUGCAGCCCAUGUUCACUGUGACUAG